AUGCACAUGAAAGUCAUCGAAAUGGAGAGGACAUCACGGCCGAUGGUGGUUUCUACAACCACUGCCGCACCAGGGGUACCGUCCCCAGCGUGCAGUAGCGCGGCAAAUAUCCAAUGCCUCACUGGCCGUCCUUCCCCCUCGGACCCAGAUCUCCUGACGAAGCUGGGUAGAGAUAAGGAGAACCUGAUUAUCAUGGCCGAUCAGAGAAUCGCAAUCAGAGAUAUGCCUUAUUUGGUAAUAUUCGGCUCCGGUUACGCCGCCGGAAGACUUGGAAGGCGUCUAUUUUUGACAACCUACAACCACCUCCGGCACUCUCGACGACGACAUUCGAUGUCGUACGAUGCCGCCGAUGAUCUCAGCUACAACCCAUUCGCAGAGGAUGACAGCCCGCGGGCCGAUUCCAAUUUGGCCCAAGGCUAUUACAGUUCGGCCUUCUUUCCAAAGCUCGGCAGCUCAAGCCCAACUCUUCGACGACGACGGUCCUCUCUGACCGACAAACCAUCCAUGAAGCCAAAGGACAGCCGCAGGAAACACAUCCGAUCACAUACAGAAAUAGAUAUCGCGCCGCACAGCGCAGGACUGCACCCACUGAAGUCGGCAUUACUGGACACGAUUGGCGCCGUCUUCCUUGAAAAUCCGGAUGUGACAAGACCACAUCUAUCGCGGCUCGUCAACGAUGCUACUCCGGAUGAUGGAGAAGACGUUGAGGAUGAUGAAUCGCAACGGACAGCAUUACCGGCUGACGAGGAGAAGGAGGUCAUUGUGCACAAAGUGACUGCGAAAGACUCAUUAGCAGGUGUCUCCCUGAAGUAUGGAAUUUCGAUGGCAAAUCUACGCAGAGCAAACCAACUCUGGACUUCAGACACCAUACACCGAAAGGAAGUAUUAUACAUUCCCAUCGACCAGGCUGCAAGAGCCCGGGAAUUUAUCCCUGAACUCCUCAUCUCCCUCACUCCUGAACCUACCACCGACUCAACGAACGUCUUUGAGGAUGCGUACACGUCGACUCUACUGGUUAAUGGGGAUAGGGCACAAUCACUACCUCCGAGUCCCACCGUACCCAUUGUCCGAGUUCCCUCCAGACAAUUAUCCUACUUUCCCCCGUCAACCAACAGAAAUCCAGACGUCAAAAAACACGGUCACGCCGAUGGUGAGAGUUCGCACUUACAGCCCAGCCCAACAAAAACUUCGUCCGGGACAAAUCGAUACAACCCAUCUCAACCAAAUAACUCCCUCUCUUCUAUUCUUACCGCCUUGCCUAUCGCUGCAUCAACACGAGAUGAAAUCAUCACAAGACUGUCAUUGGACAGCGUCAGUUCCAGCUUUUCGGAUAGGUCUCGUGCCAAUUCGGACGAAGAGACAGGGCAUGAAAUGGAUGACGUUGCAAAACGUAAACGCCGUUCACGACAUGAGAAUGGCGUUGCUGAGGAGGUGGACGAGUUGUCAAUGCCAACGCCAAAGGCCUCUGAUCGUCCACACCAUCCACGUAUUCCAAAUCAGGGACCACCGGCAGUAUCAUCGUCUCUGCCGAAGCAUUCGCAUGCUCGUUCUCUGUCGUCGACGUCGCCACCGCGGUUCUACGUCUCUCAAGCAAGCGAGACGCUCAUUCGAACUUCCCAGCUAGAGCCCUCGCCUGCGAUGCAGAUUCCGAAUUUCCGCAGCCAGACUCUUGGGCGGUCGUCUGCGACGGGUCAGCGAGGCAACCUGAACGGCGGUCGUCCUCGACCGCCCAGUGUAGCUGUAGCAAAGACGACAAAGCCAGAGAGGAGAAAUGAAGGGGAGAUAGGGUUGGUGCUGGAGCAGCUGCAAGUCAAUGGCCUGCGAUAA